AAAAAAUGUCUCAAGCAACUUCACAGUUAACCUAUCAAAUAACUUUACCUAAAUCUCUUGAAAUAAAAGGAAGUUAUUAUAGCCCAAUUUUUAGCACAAAUAAUAAAUUGUUUUGGCAAUUAUUAUUUCAAUUUGAAAAUAAAGAAUAUUAUGGACUUUAUUUAAAGCCAGUCGCGGGUCCGGAUGAAAUUACUUGGAGAGAACGUUCAAAAUUAUCUUUUGAAAUUUUUAUAAAAGAAAUUAAGAAUAAUAAUCAAACGACUGAACUUUUUAAAGAAAAUUUUGAUGUACCUCCUGAAACUAAUAUUGGAUGCGGCGGCUAUGGAUACGCAAAUGUAAUUAAAAAAUCAUUACUUCAAAAUAAGGAAUUGAUAAUUGGAGUUAUUAUUGGUGACAUUGAAUAUAAAGAAAGCAGUUUUAAUAAAAAGUAUAUACCUGAACAUACACCAAAAAAUCUUAUAGAAGUAUGGAAAGAUCAAUUAUUUGAUUUUCGAUCAGUUGAUGUAGAAUUUAAUGUACAGGGUGAAAAAUUCUAUGCAUGUAGUUCAAUACUUUCUAAAAGAUCCAAAUUUUUUGCAAAGAUUCUUUCAGAUGAUGAUACCAAUGAUGAUAUCGAUAUUGAUAGUAACGAUGAUGAUGAAAGUAGCGAUAAUGAAGAUUGUAACGAUGAUUACGAUAAUGAUGAAGUUGAUGAUCCAAUGAUAUUAAAUAACGACAAAGAAUCAAACUAUCAAAUAAAACAUCGUAUUAAAAUUUCGGAAUACGAUCCAAUUGCAAUUUCUGCCAUGCUUGAAUACCUUUACACAAAUCAAAUUAAAUGGACCAAUGAAGAAUAUGAUUCUAUCACCACAGAAUUAUUUCGUUUGGCAGAUCAAUAUCUUUUAUCAGAUCUUCGAGAACGAGCAAAAAUUAGGAUUUUAGAUGAAUUAAAAGUCUCAAAUGUAUCAAACAUUAUGUUUGAUUUAGUUCCAAAAUAUGGAGAUUUAAAAGAACCAGUUUUAAAUUAUAUGGCAAAAAAUUUUGAACAAGUUAAUAAUUCUCAAGAAUUUAAAGAUAUUUUGGAAAAUUUAGUAGAUUAUCCAAAUUAUAAUGUAAUUUUAUCAGAAAUUUUGGCUGAACAUUUCAAAGUUCAAAAAGCAAAAUAGGUCGAAAUUGUAAUAUAUCUAUAUAUAGAUAGUUGGUGGCCACCCAUAAUAAGAUUAACAAAUUUAGCAUAUAACAAUAUGAUUUGGUUAGUCAUAUGUAAUCUUUUUUUAUAUGGGAUCUGUAAAUAAGAAAAUUAAGGGCUAACCAAACUUACCUAAAUUGGAAAUAAAAAAUUAUUAUAAGCCUAUUUAGCACAAAAAUAGUUUUAUUUACUAGUUUCGGGUUCAAAUGAAAUAAUGAAAUUAAUUACUUUAGGGAACGUUCAAAGUUAUCUAUUGAAAUAGUUAUAAAAGAAAUUGUGAAUAAUAAUAAACAAUCUGCUGAAAUUUUAUAAUACAUAG